UUCCCACGUUCAACCAAUCCUCAGUAACCAUGUCGUCUACCUUGUUCUCACUCUGGAGUCAGAAUCCAACACUCUCUCUCUAAAAUCCAUUGGGGAUCUCUUUGCUUUUUUACACGAAAUUACCAUCAAAACAAACACUGUCUUGUUACAUCUGCACCCAGUCCAAUUCCAUGUUUCCACUCAACACCACACCACGCUUCAGUUUCUACCAAUACUAGGGUUUUCUUUCUUUCACGAACCUCAACUCAAAUUCAUGUUCUCCAAUUAUUGAUUCUCUCUCUCCGAUUCGAUUCGGUUAGAUUCGAUUCGAUCUUCCUAUGGAACAACCGCUUCAACCGGAAACAGCCUCCAGCCUCGGCGCUUCCGAGAGGGCGGCGGCGGAGGUCUUGAGCCGCGGUGUUAGGGAUUUGGAGGAGUCGCGGCUCGUUGGAGCUCCUGUCUCGCUCGCUCGCGAUGUUGACAUGGCGGAGAGAGACGGUGGUUGUAAUUUGGAGGUCACCGUCGUGGACGGUGGCGCCGUUUUGAAAAGGAAGCGGGGUCGACCGGCGAAGGGGAUUCCGAAAAUGACUCCUCCUUUGAGGCAGAAGAAGGACGAGGAGGAUGUUUGUUUUAUAUGCUUCGAUGGUGGGAGCCUCGUUCUCUGCGAUCGCCGGGGUUGUCCAAAAGCGUAUCAUCCCUCGUGUAUUAAACGAGACGAGGCUUUCUUCCGUUCAAAGGCCAAAUGGAAUUGCGGCUGGCAUAUAUGUAGCAGUUGUCAGAAGGCAUCCCAUUAUAUGUGCUAUACUUGUACGUAUUCUUUGUGCAAGGGAUGUACAAAGGAUGCUGAUUUUGUCUCUGUCAGAGGAAAUAAAGGUUUAUGUGGAAUAUGCAUGAGAACGAUAAUGCUGAUUGAGAACAGUGCCCCGGGAAACAAGGAAACGUGUGAAGUGGAUUUUGAUGACAAAAGCAGCUGGGAGUAUCUUUUCAAGGUGUAUUGGAUGUAUUUGAAAGGGAAGCUAUCUCUAAAGCUUGAUGAUCUCCUUCGAGCUAAAAACCCAUGGAAAGGUGAUGCACCUAUUAGUUGUAAGGUUCAAACUCCCCAUGAACUUUAUCAUCUUAAAGAUGACAAAGGUUCUGGUUCUGGUUCUGAGAACUCCUGUAUAGACAUAGAAUCAAAUAAUUUGAAAAGCAAGAAGUUCAAGAGACAGCCGCAGCUUCUUAGUAAGGGAGAUUGCUUUGAUAGGAUAAAUUCAGGUGGUGACAGCAUUGUGUCUUUGCCUGAAUGCCCAAAAUGGGCAUCAAAGGAGCUUCUAGAGUUUGUUGCACAUAUGAAAAAUGGUGAUACAUCACUCCUGUCUCAAUUUGAUGUCCAGACUCUCUUGCUGGAAUAUGUAAGGGAGAACAGUCUUCGUGAUCCUCAACAGAAAUCCCAAAUUGUUUGUGACUCUAGACUAGUAAAUUUGUUUGGAAAAGCUCGUGUUGGCCAUAUUGAAAUGCUAAAGCUCCUUGAAUCGCACUUCGUUAUAAAAGACAAUGUCCCAACCGUAAAUACUUUUGGAGCAGGAAUUAUUGGUGCUGUUGCCAGCGAGCGGGAGGCCACUGACAAUUACAAUAAACAGUUGAUGUUAGUUAAUGAUACGAGAUGUAAAACACAUAAAAAAGAUGGUGUGCUAGUGCCACAAAAUAAUCCAGAUGUAUAUGCUGCAAUAAAUGUUGACAACAUUAACUUGAUCUACUUGCGGCGAAGUCUGAUGGAGAAUCUAACUGAAGAUACUGAAAAGAUUCAUGAAAAGGUUGUUGGUUCAUUCGUGCGGAUAAGAAUCUCAAGUAGCGAUCAAAAACAAGAUAUGUAUAGGCUUGUCCAAGUUGUAGGUACAGUUAAGGUUGCUGAACCUUACAGAAUUGGCACAAGAAUGACUGAUAUUAAGCUUGAAAUUUCAAACUUAAACAGGAAGGAGGUCAUAUCGAUAGAUGAGAUUUCGAAUCAGGAGUUCUCUGAGGAUGAAUGCAAGCGCUUGCGUCAGAGUAUACAAUAUGGGUUCUCAAAGAGAUUGACUGUGGGAGAGAUUCUGGAGAAAGCACUGACACUUCAAGCAAUUAGAGUUAAUGAUUUGCUGGAGGCUGAGAUAUUGCGGCUUAAUCAUCUUCGUGAUAGAGCAAAUGAAAAGGGGCAUAGAAAAGAGCACAGAGAAUGUGUGGAGAAGUUGCAGCUACUGAACUCACUGGAGGAACGUCAGCGUAGGCUGCAUGAAAUUCCGGAUGUACACUCUGACCCCAAUUUGGAGUCAUUGUUUGAGUCCGAUGAAGAUGCUGCAGAGUCAGAUGAAAGUAAGCAAGAUGAUAGAUGCAGAACCCAAGACUUGCCCAGUACCCACGAGCCAAUUGGGAAUUUAUGCAUGAUAAAGGAUCAUAUCAACCCUAAUGACACAGGAAUUGAUGAUAGCUCUAACUUAGUUGUGACAUCAGAUGUGUCCAGCGUUCCGGUGGACAUUUCAUCAUCACUCCUCUCUACAGGGAUGGAGCUGGCAUUACAUGAUUCUAUGAAUGACAAAUCGUGGCAUUAUCAAGAUCCAGCUGGGAAGGUUCAAGGACCUUUUUCUAUGUUGCAGCUGUAUAAGUGGAAUGCAAAUGGAGGUUUUCCUCCAGAUCUCAGAAUAUGGAGGAUAGAUGAGAAACAAGAUAACUCUAUAUUGUUAACUGAUGCACUAAGUCAGAAGUGUUCCAAAAAUGUGUCAUUGCCAUACAACAACCAACUGCUGUCUUUAGGGGCCAGUUUGACAUUGGAUAAUAAAGAUAAUAGUCAGGAUGAUGGGAGGAAUGCAACAAAGAACGAUAUUUCAGCAGACAGCCGAAUUAUUGAGCAGAGUAGGGAACAUAAAGUGGAUGAUAUCGCUACCCAGUCUAAUGGUAAAGAUGAAUCUGUUAGGAGCAAUGGAUGGCUUGACCUGCUGCAUGUUAACCCUUCCCUACCACCAACUUCCUUUUCUGAGAAAUUGAAUGGGAAUCCUUCUGAUAAAUUAAGGAAAGGUCAUGGGAUUGAGGGAAACUCUGAAGAUAAUGGAAAUUAUGGUUCGAACAGAACUUCUGAUGGUCAGAGUAAUAGUGGGAACAGUCAUCAGAAGCAAUCAGAUAGUGAAGAGAUUUCAGGGCAAUCUUCUGGACAGAACUGGAAACACCCUAAUGUAAAUAGUUCUUCCAAUUGCUUCGUUACCACACCUUCUCAAGUUUCUGGGACAAAAACAUCACCACAUAAGCUGGGAUUUGAUUUGAGUUGUCCCCCUUCCCCUCCACCAUGUAUUACAUCUACAUGGCAGGCAAUCAUUGGCGAACCCACUGAUUUUGAUGAAUCAGUUUCAGAUCUGUUGGCAGAAGUGGAGGCAAUGGAGUCACUUGGUGGCUUGGAAUCUCCCACUUCAAUCAUGAAAUGUGGUGAGGAAUUGACUGACGGUUCUAAAAAUGAUUGUCUCAGUUUUGCAGAUGGGCUUGGCCCAAUGCUUGAUGCAGGUAAAGGUGAUGCACUGAGCUCCACUGGUGAUUUACACUUACCAUCUCAAUCCACAGCAGCAGAGGAACCAUUACGGCUUGGAGAUAUUCAUCAUAAUCAUCAAUAUCAUCAAAGAAUAUCUGGGGAGCAUUCCUCAAGAAGUUCUGAAGUUAAGGUGGGUACAAAGAAUGUUAGUUUUUCAGGUAACCGAUGGGUGUCAGGCUCAGAAAAUUCACCCAUUGUUCCCUCCCCUGCAACCUUGGGCAUGGCUAUAGACACCACUUGGAGACUUGGGUCAGAGAAUACACACUUGGGAUGGGGUGGAAUGGAUCAAAGAAAUGCAAACACAGGUUGGGGAGUAGGACAAAGGGCAGUGCAGGAGAAUAGGAGCUCGAAUUCAUACACUUCUGCAGUAACUUCAGGCUUUGGGGAUAGCCAAACAAGACAUGGCAGUGAUCGACUUUCUGUGCCCAGAGAUCGGGGUUUUCAUGGUUAUGGUAGGGAAUCAGGUUCUGGUAGAGGCAGAACUGCAUGGAACAGGCAACCAAUAUUUGGUGUUGGAAAUGGAGGCUCAUAUAGGCCUCUGCCCAAAGGGCAGCGAGUUUGUAAAUUUUAUGAAAGUGGGUGCUGUAAGAAGGGAGCAUCAUGCGAUUACUUGCACCCAUAAUUUUGAAUUCCACUAGCAUUGAUCACAUUUGAUUUUUGUAAUCCUUAACAUAUCUGAAGUUGGCUCUUUCCAAUUGUUGUAAUUUAAUCUGACAGUAAUAGUCAAGUGGCAUAAUUUUUUUUUAUAUGAAAUUACUCUAGCAUGAUUUACCUCUGUUUUU